AUGGCUGUCGCCCGCCGCUUGUUGGGUGCGGGGCUCGCCCACAAGGCCCCAUCUACCACCGAUGAUUCCUCCCUCGCGGCGGCGAAUCCGGCGGAUCAUCGGCGAUUGGUGCCAUUUCACACCACGCUGCUUAUUCAACUUCUCCAUCUUCUCACUGCGGUCUGGGAGAAUUCCGAAAUUUCGGCCCAAACGGUCGAAACAGAGGUGGUCCAGGAUUUUGUUGGGUCUUUGAUAGGGUUUCUUCUGGGUGAGCUGCAGGACUUCAGGGCUUGUGAGCCCACCAACGAAAACGCUGACCCCUUUUGUUUAACGCCGGAGCGGGUGAAUUUGUUUGAUGCCAUGCUUCAAUGUCUAAAAGCUCUCACCCUUCGCUAUUUUGCUCUCGUGCAGGAUGCGGUGGAGGACGUGGGUGAGAUUUUUGGGGACGGUUUACUCCCCGCCUUGUGGAGUUCCCUUCAGUUUCAAACUUCCAUCGAAAGUGGACAGGGGUGGGCGACGCUUUAUUACUUUAUGGGCUGGCUCGACAGCCUUUUGAGGGAGGGCGGCUCACUUGCUUCGCGGAUGGCGUCCAUGACGUCGGAAAAAGGCCUUUGGUAUCAAUUAUAUGGUGUUUCUCUUAAUAUGGUCUCAAAGGAAUAUGAAAAGGUGGGCGGUGUGGUUUUUGGGGCGGUCGAAUGGACCUUUCGCGCGGCUUCUACAUCCCAGGGGCGGGGUUUACCGGCUUCGAUAAAACCUCUUCUUCUGUCCGCCGCGGCGGAGCUCGCCCUACAUCUGACCUCGGCGGCAUCCCAACUCAAAUCCCCAACCCGCGAGGGGGAAACCUUCCAAAAGGUCCUUCCCGCCCUCUCCUCCGCGCGCUUUACGGCCUUUUUUCAGGACGGCUUUCAGUCCGCCUUUUCCCGCACGCCCCUUUCGACGGCGGACGCGCGCCUGCUCGAGGCGCUCUAUGCCGUGGUGUACAAUCUAAUCCUCUACCAGGACGAUCGCCGGGCCUACGUUCGGGGGUGGUUGGACUUGGCCAAUUCGCAGCCCCGCGCCCCCGCCUUGACGGCCUGGGCCCUCGAUUAUUUUCUUUCGCGGGAAGUCGAUCCCGCCUCGGGCCUGACCCCUCUCGGGGCGAAGGCGUUGGGGGUGCUCGCGAAGUGUUGGAUCUACGGCGAGGCCGCCUUUCACUCGGAUCUCCCCUCCCGGCAGGGGCUUCGCGGGGGGUUAUGGCGGUGGGUGGCGGCCGCCGUGGGGGCGUUGGAAGGCCCCGACGCGCCCGACGAGGGCCCUCCGGAGGCCCCAACCCUCGCCUGGGAGUAUUUGGAGCACCUCACGACGAGUUUGGCCUUUUUACAAAAGCACAUGGUGGUGGUGGAGGGGGGGGAGGAGGUUGGUUGGUUGGUGCGGCUUAUUUCGUUCGCCCCUUUACGCCUCGUGGAGGCUGCCGUUCAGGCGAUGGGAGGGGGGAGCGCGACGCCGACCGCCGAACUUUACAAGGAGACCUCAACUUUUUCCGUGGCCGCUGUCGUGGCGGCGGGGAAUGCCGCACUUUUGCUUUCCACGAUGGCUUCUCCUUCCCUUUCCUCAUCCGACGGGAUGGGGGAGGUUUUCUGCAAAGUAAAGGCGAUUGAUGUGCUCCUGCAGGGACUUCGCGAUGCGCACCACUCGACCCACCUCGUGGAUCGCGAAAUAGCGGACAUGAAAACGCAUAACACGAGCUCGACGAGUGAACGUUUGUAUUUGCAGCGUUGGGGCGAGUAUUUGAGGUCGACCACGAAGAACUUGGCGAUUUCGAUUUCCAGAGUUUGCGUCGUCGGUGGGGAGCCUGUCAAGGACCGACUUCGCGAAUUAAAGGGCUUCGAAACGUUGUUGGCGGUUCAAAAAUAA